AUGCUCGCUCUUCAAGGGCUUAUUAGACCCCACCACUUUUUGCAUAGCAACUUGAGUCAUUCUCGGUUUCGUUCAAGCAACAUCAGCAUUGUGCCCAUCGCUGUGGUUGGGGAUGUUGAUUCCCGUGGAAUUGAUCGCCAAUCCGAAUGA